AUGCCCUCAGCACCGCCUACCCCCUCCCCAGAUUCGUCGAAACCUUCUUCCCCACGGUCUUCCUCGCGGGGCCUUGGACUCUUGAGCAGACAAGCAAGCCAUACUCAGUUCGGAGCAAGCAGGAAUAUCAACAAUGCUCCAGAGUCCCCCGUAGCCACAGCGCCAAUUCCAGAUGAGGACCAUGGCGCGGAGCUGCCGCUGACCAUGACUGCGUCUGUGAUUCUGACCGGUUUGCCCAAAGAUGCACAUCGGGCAUUGACAGAUGUGGAGGCAAUCGAUGCCGGAAAAGUGGUUCGAUUCCUCCGCAAGAAGCUGGAUUGUAGGGAGUCGGAUUCGGUGUUUUGCUAUGUGAACAGCGUCUUUGCACCAGGGUUGGACGAGAGCGUGGGUGGCCUCUGGAGGUGCUUCAAAACGGACGAUCAGUUGAUUGUGUCAUAUUCCAUGACCCCGGCGUUCGGUUGA